GGGGCUGCGUUUCCGGGACCUCGGCCGCAGCCGCCGCGGUGGGAAGCGGGCUGAGGACGGUUGGGGGCACGGAGACCAGCUCGCGGAAAACCUCAGACCAGGAGAGGCCGGGCUCGGCGGGCACCUGUCCAGGCGCCCGGGCUUCAGCAGCCGCGAUGCUGCCAGCAGCGCCGGGCCGGGCGGGCGGGAGUCGGGAAUGGCCCGCAGGCGGCCCAGCGCCCCGAGAAAAUGCAAAAGACAUCAUCAUGAUACAUGAAGAAGAUGCUGAAGAAUGGGCUUUGUACUUGAGAGAAGUUUUUUCACAUGUUGUGAAAAGGGAAGCAAUCCUGUUAUAUCACUUGGAGAACUAUUCUCUUCGGGAUUUGGAAUUGCUAAGUUUAAACUCUUACAAGUGUAAACUUUUGAUAUUAUCAAAUAGCCUGCUUCAAAACCUAUCUUCAAAGAAAUGUCAGUUUCUAGAAAACGUGCUGCAUUCACCAGAAAGUGUGGUUACUCUGCUGUGUGGGAUGAAGAGUUCAGAUCAUCUUUACAAAUUAUUAAAUAUCUCUGGAGGCAGAUGGGAGAUCUCAACUGAGCAGGAGCCUGAAGACUACAUCUCUGUAAUCAAGAGUAUCAUAUUCACAGGUUCUGAGGACUACCUCGAUGUCAUUAUUCCAACAGACCUAAGGGUGGAACAUUCUGGGCAAAUAAGUGAGAGAAAGGAAAUUGAAGAAUUAUCAGAAGCUUCAAGAAGCACCAUAUCACAGGCAGUGGUGCUUCCCGCUGAGAUUCCGUGUGAGAAUCCUGGUGAAAUAUUUAUUAUUUUGAGAGAUGAAGUAAUUGGUGAUUCUGUGGAGGUUGAAUUUACGUCAAAUAGUAAAUGCAUUAGAACACGGCCAGCCCUCUGGAAUAAGACAGUCUGGUGUAUGAAAGCUUUAGAUUUUCCUGCUGGCUCUGUCAAUGUCAAUGUCUACUGUGAUGGAAUCAUUAAGGCCACAGCAGAGAUUAAAUACUAUUCAACCCCAAAGGCUAUGAAAUGCCUAUUGGGAGCGGCAGGUCCAGGAGAUGGUGUAUACCAGAAUGACAUUGAUGAACUUGAUCAUAUUCUCACAUCAACAUUCAAACAGGAGAUACCAUAUUAUGAGUUCCGAUCACUCGAAACUGAACUCUACCCUCAAAAAGAAUAUCCUUAUUUCAAAGAACUUCCAACUCUUCUCCACUGUGCAGCAAAAUUUGGCCUAAAGAACUUGGCUGUUCAUUUGCUUCAAUGUUCAGGAGCAACUUGGGCAUCUAAGAUAAAAAAUUUGGAGGGUUCAGAUCCAGCACAUAUUGCUGAAAGGCAUGGUCACGAAGAACUCAAGAAAAUCUUUGAAGACUUUUCAAUCCAAGAAGUUAUCAGAAAUAAUGAGGAAGAAAGUGACUAUGAAGAGGAUAUUACCUCAUUUUCUACAUGUUCUCCUACAGCCAUCCAGAGCCCAGUUCUCCAUCAUGAAAGCUGGCGGCCGUACAGGCAGAGGGCGGAAGGAGCAGAGGUGAAUGAAACGGCAGAGGAAGAAAAAGAGCAUGAGUCAAGCACGGAGGCCAAGCACCGCCCACCAGAGGUUGACAGUGGGAGUGAGAACCAGUAUGAUGACUUGUACACGUUCAUUCCUGGAGACAACCCAGAAAAUAAUUCCCGAGGGCCCCUCGUGAGCAGCAGACCACCUCUCCCUCCACCGCGACCUGUAACAGCUGCCUUCCCACUGGAAAAACCUCACUUCACAUUACAAGCAGGGAAAACGUCGGAAGGCCAAAUGGAAAGAAGUCAAAGCUGGUGUGAUUCCAGUGCAAGACAUGAAACAGGAGGUGAACCCAGAGGAGAAGAAGAACAGAAAGAAGAUGAGGAAGACCAGGAAGAGGAGGAAGACCCGUACACUUUUGCUGAGAUUGAUGACAAUGAAUAUGACACGAUACUGGCCAAGAGGAGUACAAAGAAAAAACUUGGAAGCCGGUCAUUCAUUCUGAACAGACCUCCUGCUCCCACACCACGACCCACAAACAUCCCUCCAAAAGAGGAAACUACGCCUUAUAUAGCGCAAGUGUUUCAACAAAAGACUGCCAGAAGACAAUCAAAUGGUGACAAGUUCCAUGGCCCUAAGAAACAAGACAGAUCUCGGAUGGAGAGUCAAGGCUUUACCACCGUAAGGGGCUGCCUUGCUGCUGGGCAGGAGGAACUCAUCCUCCUGCAAGAGAAAGUCAAGAAUGGGAAACUCUCUGUGGACGAAGCCCUGGAGAAAUUUAAACACUGGCAGAUGGGGAAGACUGGCCUGGAAAUAAGUCAGCAGAAAAAACUACGCCAACUACGAGACUGCAUUAUUGGGAAAAGGCCAGAAGAAGAAAAUGUCUACAAUAAGCUCACCAUUGUGCACCAUCCCAGUGGUAAUGAAAAUGCCCACAAUGAAAAUGUGUCAUAUGACAUACCCUUUGGCAAUAAGCUUCCUGCUCGACUCCAAGUUGAAAAGGAAUUUGGUUUCUGUUGCAGGAAAGAUCACUAAACAAGGUUAUUAUAAUAAAACUCAAAAAUCUGCAGACACCUGCUGGGUGAAGCAGGCUUGCAUUGGAUUGCCUGCUGUCUUCAGGACAAAUCUAUACUAUGAAAGCAGAAGCAAGCUUUUGAAUUUCAGAAUUCAUUAUUGCCACAAGUUAUUGUCAUUAUACCUCUUCAGAUGAGUAUAUCAACAUGAAAAUUAAAUGCUGCAGAGCAAUUGAAUUCUUUGAAAAUUCUUGCGUUUUACAAUGCAUUUUGCCACUGAAGCAGCUAUUUCCCAUCUUUAAAAUUGAAGAAAAACAAGAGCAGAGAAGUUAAAUGCUCUGUAGCAAAGCUACUGGGCCUGUUUAAUGGGCUAACCUUAAUCGUUUACUCCCCGCUACAAUAAGAAUAAGCAUAAAAAAUACAAAUUUGUUUUGUACAUAUUUGCUUUUCCAUUGGGUGGUCUAUUUUCUGAAUUUCUCACAUUCAGAGCUCUAAUUAUUGUCACAUCAUGUUUGCAGCAACCUUCCAUUUUUUAGAGCCUGUUUGCAUAUAACCUUGAGAACAUUAUUUUUUUAACUCUGUGUCUUAAAUUAAUAUACAUUUCCACAACCUAUAUUCUCUAUUAAAAGGUUUAUAAUUUCAUCAUUCCAUUUCUUAGAAGCAAUUUAUAAGCUUAGAAUAGAAUGUGGUUUUAUCAUUCUAUGAUUUCUACCCACUGCAAAUUAAAUAAAUGUUUAAAGCUAUGUCUGACUUUUCAAAAUAAAUGUAUGAGAAUUAACCACUAAAUUCUUCUGCUUACCAG